AUGGCCGCCACCACCCGUAAGCACUUACCUUCCUGGGAUGAAACCGAAUGCCUCAACUAUUACGAAAUGCUGUCCCUCCACGAAGUCUUUGAAGUCGUCGGCGCUCAGCUGACAGAAGCCGACAUAGACGUUCUCUUCUUCCUUUUGAGUAAUACCUAUACCCCUGUUCACCCCUUGGACCCUGCCGGCUGGACGGUGAAGCCGGAUGAGAAUGACCCGCUAGACUCCGGCGAAGCCCCGAGUCCCAAACUACUGGCGGCGUGGAGGCGCAUGCAAUCGCAAGGCUCUCCACAUUGCAUGGCGGCUUGGUGCAAGCCCAAGAGUGGUUUUGAGUUGUUGCUGCAGCUGGAGAGACAAGGGUACAUCAGCGAAGGCAACCUGGAGCCGCUUCUGCAGCUACUCAGAGUACUCACUCGGCAUGACCUGCUGCCUCUUGUGUCCCAUAAGAAGAGGAGAACAGUGUCACCAGAAAGAACUUUCAGGCGAUGUAAGCGACAACACCAAAGCACUUCUGGCUUGAGAACUGCCUCCUAUAGACAAGCAGAAUUGCCUCUUUCUUCCAACACACCGCAAGUAAGAACAGGGUUUGACACAAUGGUAUCUGCACCAUCCGUGAGAGGGCAAAGGAGAAAAAAAAGGGGGUUUGGCUGGAGUCGCAAGCCCAAGAGGGCGAGAAGGCCGCCACAGCCGCCAGCACCUGGACCGCUUCUGAAAACAUCCUGCACAAUCCGUCUGAGGGUCCGGGCGGAAUACCUGAACCACGAGUCUGCGCUACGCAACGGCGUUUCGUCGGAUAAACGUCAACCCCUGGAGCGCCAAUUCGAGCUGUUCAGCCGGGCAGACUCACUGCUGCGUGCCAGAGACCUUGGCGCCAUCGUGUGCGACAUCAAUUUUACCGAGCUGGAAAACUUGGAGGCUUUCUGGUUAGACUACCUAAGCGGGUCGCUGCUUGACGCCCUUAAGGGGGUCUUCAUCAACGACUCAUUGAGGGUGGCGGCGGGGUCCGAGGAAGUUCGGCUGCUCAUCGCAGUUGAUCAGGACGACUAUGAGGAAGGCCGGCAGCGUCUGAGCGCUGUCCCGAUGCCAUCGUAG